AUGAUAUUUGUACUACUAUUAUUGAUAUCUUAAACAAAUGCUCUUUAUUCAAAAAAACUCUAUAGAACCAGAGGUUUAAAUGCAAUCGAUAUUGAUUUGGAGAAAUAUAGUGAUUUGAAUUAAGGAUCAACAACGAUCAACAUCAUCCUUGAGAAUAAUUCAUUUUCAACAGCGUCCCCUUUUUUGGCUUUUUGCUAUACAACAAACUAAUAAACAAUAAAAUCUAUCGUAAGCUCUCCUGAAGCAAUAAAGAAUCAAAUAGAAUCAAACAAGUAAUAAUGAGAAUUGACAUAUUUAGAAAGAUGUGCAUAUUUGAUAACAAUGCUCUUUUAUAUCAACAACGCGUACAGUAGAUUGUAUUAUCAGACCUUGUAGAUGAUGGAAAUGAACAGGCGUAUAAUAAAUUUAGCGUCUUCAAGCUGAGCAACAAACAGUUUUCUAUUUAUAUAUAUUCUUCAGACGAUGCCCAAUACUCAAUAAUUCUAAAGGGUUCUUAGAAGGGAGAAUGCUACAAGUGAGUUAUAAAAUUAUUUUAGUUAAUGCAACAACAAUGGAUAGUGCAUGAGCAAUGAAGUAUUAUUUUGUAAAUGCAACGAGGGUUAUUUGGAUAGUACUUGUCAAUUGUUAAGCACUGUCAUCACUCCUCCUAGAGUGGUUUAGGUAGAAUACAUUAUGAUUAUAGUUUCAAAUGAAAAAGCAGCCAUCUUAAAUCGUUUUACUAUUCCCUUUAAGAACGUCAUCUACUUAAUUAUCAAUUGAAGUAUACUCGAAUAUAGGAAUAAUGGCAUAUCUUGGUUGCUAAUUUGAUAAGAACUUCAUUCCAUUUUAUCAGAGCAAUUCAUUUUAUCAAAUUGAAAUUUCAACUGGAAUUAUAAACUUCAAAUAAGAUGAUAUCCAGGAUUGUUAGAAUAACAUAAAGUUAAUCAGAUAAAAUUUAGGAGUCGAAAUGGAUAAUUAUAUUGUGUUAUUAUUAGUGAAUGAUCAAAAUUAAGAUAUAAAAGUAGAACUGAAACUCUACUUAGAUAACAAUAAUGACGAUGAUUCUGGAUUAGAAAUAUAUUACAUUCUAGCUGGUGCUUUAGGAGCUCUGAUUGUGGCAUUGCUCAUAAUAAUAUGUGUUAUUUACUUUCAAAGAAAAGCUAGAAGAAUUAACAAUGGAGUUUAAAACACCCUAAAUUUGAGAUCAGUUUAAAAUAAUGGAACUAAAAAUAAAGGUCCACGAUAAGAUAAUAUUCCAGUGGAAUUAUAUGAGCAAAUCAUUCAAGAAUACCCAGGUUUGGUUGAAAUUUCAGAAUGCUAGAUAUGUCUUGUGGAGUUCUAAAAAUAGGAUUUAGUCAAAUUAACCUAUUGUCUACACUUAUUUCAUUCUACAUGUAUCGAUGAAUGGAGAAAGAGAAAUUAAGUAUUGAAAUCUUAGAUAUCCAUAGACUUGUCCAUUUUGCAGAGAAGAUCUAACCAAAAAGAAAGUCAUUUAAUAGAGAGUAGAAGAAAAGAUCUAUCAAUUGGGAGUGGUCUAAGAUGAUGCAAUGCAUAUAGAUGAGCACAAACUGGCAGAAUUAUAAAAACGAGAAUAAAGACUGAAAAAAAUUCAAUGUAUUCAUUAAUCUACGAUAAUUAAGAAACAUCCUCUCCUGAUUCUGCUAAUGGAAUAUCAAUGAAGGAAAAUACACCAUCGCCAUUUCUAAAAGGAGAUUAAAUUACUUAGUAGUUUUGCUUAUAAAAAUAAAAAUGAGAAUUAUGAUUUAAUUAAUGUUUCUAUAUUUAUUAAUAACUGCUUGUCAUGCUGAUAUUAUUUUUAGCAAAGGAUUUAUAUCCGUUUAGGGAUAGAUCAAUGUAGAGACCACCUCUUUAUUGAGGAGAUAGAUAUCUGACAAUGAAAGAGUUGUCAUAUCGAUAACUAAUUACCCAAAAUAAAAAAUUCCAUUAUUGUUGAUUUGUAGAGCGAACAAUAAUUUUGAGGAAUAACCUGAUCUUCAGGUAAUUUAAUAGUAAUAUUGUAUCUUAUAACUAGAUAAAAUUGUAUUGCUGACUUGAAUUCAUAUGAUUUCAGGAGACCCAAACAAUAGAUUAUCUUAGAUUUCCAAGAAGAUUACAAAACCUUUAUGAAUAUUAUAUAUUAAGAGAAAGGAAGUGUUCCCUUUAUCACAGUUUACUCAAAAUCAAAUAUUGACUUUGUACUUGUGAUUGCCAUCCAGUAAAAGUAAUCCUGCUAUAUGUAUGUCUACAAUGUGAGUAUUUAUUUAGAGAGUGCUAAUAAGGAAGCAUUUGCGUUCGAGGUCAAUGUAUUUGUUAAAGGGGUUUUUUUGGAGAUGACUGUAGCAUCAGUAUAAUAUCAUUGUAGGAAAAAGAUAAUUUUGAAAAAGAUGUAAUAUAUUAUAUAAACGCUGCUAAUUUAGAAGUAUUGUAUUUAUCAUAGAUUAUAGGAAGUGUCUCUAAAUUUUACAGAAAAGUCAAAUUUUAGAAUUGGAUGUUUAGCAUUUAAUCCAUAUGUUUAUCGAGGGGAGUUUAUUUUAGAUAGUUUUCUAGAACUCACCAAAUAACAACAAAUAGAUUGUCUAGAUGAAACAAAAAAAGUAAAUAAACAGUUUUCGAUAAAUUUAUAACCACUCUAUGUAUUCGUAGUUGAAUAAGAUGCAAUUUAUUUGGAAUCCCAAUUAGUUGACUCAAAUCAGAACACAAUCCUGUAUGUAGUCACAUCAAUAGGAAUAUUUUUACUAGUUGUGUUCAUGUAUUGUUGCUUUCGUUUUAAGAAAUCGAACAGAAGAAUGAAUAAUCUGAAUACUAUUUAAAUUCCAAUCUCUUAAUAAAUGCCAUCUUAAAAUUCAAUUAACAAAUAUAUUCCUAUUUAAAAAUACGAAGAAGUCAUGAAAUAAUUUCCAGGCCUUUCAGAUGAUUAGACAUGUUAAAUUUGCUUAGAAGUUUACAAAAAAGAGGAUAAAGUCAGAAUUACUUAUUGCACUCACUUUUACCAUGCAGAAUGUAUUGAUAUCUGGAUUAAUCAAAAUGAAGUAACCCAAUAAUAUCAUUUAAGAAUUGCCCAACUUGUCGAUCUUCUUUAACUGUCGAAACAUUAACUAAAUUUUUUGAAACUCAAGUAGAUAAUGGUAAUCAGCAGUUGAACACGAGUGAGAAAUAGAGAAUCGGUGAAUAAUCGCAUAACAUUAUCAGACUGCUUGGAUACAAUAGAAUAUCUGGCUCAUUUAAUAUUACUCAGCAAAUAACAUGA